AUGGAACUGAGAACACAAAGAUCAAAAAAAAAAAUGAAAAUAUUAUGCUUGGAUAAGGGACUUGGAUUUUCUUUCAAACAACACCUAUUGAAAUACUACAAGGAUAGGCGAUCAUUGGUGGUGGAGGAAAUAAAUUUAAAUUCAUUCCGAUCAAUAUUAUUAGAAAAUAAUUCAAAUGAAGUUAAUGAUGAAUUAUUCGCAGCACUUGAUAUGAAAAUUGUUACGGUUUCGGAACCAACUUCAUCGAAUGAUGAUUAUGAAGAGGAUGAAUCGUUUAUGAAUAGUAUUACUCUGAUUGAGAAGACCAUAAAAGAAUAUCAACCAGAUAUUCUGUUAUGUUCGAGUCGUGGAGGAAAGUACAUUGGAAAACUCAUGAAGGAUUUGAUAUGGAAUGGACCUUGUGUUUUAAUAAGUGCCUUGAUUGUUCCUUCAAUGAUGGAUUUAAAUUCCUGCUCGACUGCAAUGAUAUUUGCCUAUGGAUAUGAAGAAAAGACUGUUCCUCGACCAAUUAUGGAAUUUAUCAAGGCAUUCCCAAAUAAUAAGAUUGUACUAUUAUCCUAUGAGAAUGAAGAUCAUCACAUGUCUUCAUUGAUACAAUUAGAUUUAAUGUUAAAGGAGGAUUGGAUGAAUACAGCACUCGAAAAUGUCUGUCAACCAGUAUCGAACUAUAGGAAUGCAAGUAAUGAUUCUGUAUUCGAGAAUAAGAAACUUUCACUUUUGGAAUUAAUUAUUCUCAGCAUUGUAAUUUCAAAAAUUGAAAAGAGAAACAUCUCAAAAUCAAAUCUACCAAAUAGUGGAACAACUGACAGCAAGCCAUCAACGAUGAGAAUGGGAAAUAUGCUCAGUCCAUCCAUGCUUAAAGGAGGAUUAGGGGGAUUAAGAAAAGUUCAAAAAGAGUAG